CAGUCGGAGCGGAAUUGGACUUGGGAGGCUAGGUGUGGAGUCGGGCGUAAAACUUGUUGGAGGGGAGGAAAGAGUCGGCUCCACUCUCUCCCCUCCUCGUCCACGCUGCAUUUCAGGGGUUCCCGCAGCCUUGCGAUUUAUUUUUAUAUCAGUUUUUUUUAUAUAGAGAAAAAUUAUAUAUAUAUUUUUUCCUUUCAAGAAAAAAUUACUGUUCCAAGAGAAAAUAAGGCAAGAUCAAUGAAGGAGAGAAGAGCCAGCCAGAAAUUAUCCAGUAAAUCGAUCAUGGAUCCUAAUCAGAACGUGAAAUGCAAGAUCGUGGUGGUGGGAGACAGUCAGUGUGGGAAAACCGCGCUGCUGCAUGUGUUCGCCAAGGACUGCUUCCCAGAGAAUUACGUCCCUACAGUGUUUGAGAAUUACACGGCCAGUUUUGAAAUCGACACACAAAGAAUCGAGUUGAGCCUGUGGGACACUUCGGGCUCUCCUUACUAUGACAAUGUCCGGCCCCUUUCGUAUCCGGAUUCCGAUGCUGUGCUGAUCUGCUUUGACAUAAGUAGACCAGAGACUCUGGACAGUGUCCUGAAAAAGUGGAAAGGUGAAAUCCAGGAAUUUUGUCCCAACACGAAAAUGCUGUUGGUUGGCUGCAAGUCUGACCUGCGGACAGAUGUUAGCACAUUAGUAGAGCUGUCAAAUCACAGGCAGACACCGGUGUCAUAUGACCAGGGGGCAAAUAUGGCCAAACAGAUCGGAGCUGCUACUUACAUUGAAUGCUCAUCUUUGCAGUCCGAAAACAGCGUCAGAGACAUUUUUCACGUGGCCACCUUGGCGUGUGUAAACAAGACAAAUAAGAACGUUAAGCGGAACAAAUCACAGAGGGCCACAAAGCGGAUUUCACACAUGCCCAGCAGACCAGAACUCUCAACAGUUGCUACGGACUUACGAAAGGACAAAGCCAAGAGCUGCACUGUGAUGUGAAUCUUCUGUCGUGUUCAACAAGGACAAGGGAAUCUAGUGUAAAAAACAACGACAACAAAACAAAAAUGCCAAGGAAAAAGAAAAGUCUGAAUGAAGGGUGGGACCCCAAACCCUCUAAACUGGAGGCUUGAGAGGCAUUUGGAAGGAUGCUCAUCUUUGUGGAAUCCUGUCCUUAGCCUCGGCAUGUAGACAGUGGGGGGAAGUGAAUACAUUGAGUUUUGAAUUGUGACUUGAAAAAUAUGCCAAAAACACAAUGAAAACCCGAGAGACUGACGUGGCCUAGAGAGACAAGGAAGAAGAGGAGGAGGAGGAGGAGGAGGAAGUAAAAUGACUGCCUCUGAGAAAGAAGAGAAAUUACACUCUGAAUGGUGCUUGCGUUUUCCUUUGUUCCAAUCUAUUCACGGAUCUCUGCUUUGAUUUCAUGUUUCAGUGUUUUAAUCUCCUUUACGAAAAAGUAUAUAUUAAUACACCGUCCUCACUGGGGAACCGGCACUGUGACCUUAGCGUUUAGUUUUCUAGAGGAUGUGAGCUCAUUUCCUCCUGGCUCAUCAUUAAAAUGGAAAUUGUAUCAGGACCCAUGGGGUAUCCAGAGGAAAAACUUUAUGAGGCUUUUGAAAUCUUGCCUUCCUGAAGGUAGCUGAGCGAGAUGGUUCUAAAGAAAGGCUCUUGCAGUCUGUCAGGAUGUGGAGAGAGACCAGCAACGACAGAGAUGCUGUAGAUCCAGUAGAAAAAAAGAGGUGUUCAUUUUUAUUCAGUCCCAUGGCCUGUUCAUCAUUGUGAUUGUCAGUAAAAAGUGGUCAAUUGCUCAAUGUAAUAUUUUUGUGCUGUUUAGAAAAGAGGGUGUGUGGUUUUUCUGAUUGUUGUGGUUUUGGGUUUGGUUUUUGUUUUCUUUUCCCCUGCCAUCGUUGAUAAAAAUGCAAAGUCUGAUGAAAGGUGUCUUGGUUUGACGUCGUAGAAUGAUCCAAGGUGGAAAAAAUGGAAACAGCAGUAGGUACUGUUUCACCAGAAGAGGUAAUGAAUGAAGGACCCGAGCAGAAAGCACAGAUUGUGGGUAAAGCUGGCUGGGGCGAGGCACCACGAGCACAGACACAGAGCAAAAGGCCUCGCUGGGAUGCGUCUGACUGGAGAUGGAGUGCUGAGCAUGGCAGCGUCUGGGUGAUUUGUUUCACCUGCUGGUUGAGUUCACUUUCUUCCAGUGAACGUUCGUAAGCGAAGGACUUGCUCACCCAAGCUUUAGGGAAUCCCUAGAGGGAAAAGGAUGUGUUUUCCACCCUGGCCCAAGAGUAGGACGUUUCUCCAGCUUCAGCCAAGGCUAGUGCUCAAUACUUGACCGCUGUUGUCACAGAAAAGAACCAGCAUUUAAAACAGUUUACAGGUACUUUUUGACCAGUUCUUUUAGAGCUUCUUUCAGAGAAGAAACCAGAUCCGACCUAUUUAUCAUUGCCGCUUGUUGAAAACGAGCUUUCUUCGCAGUGAUAACGCUUCAUUUUAGAAGUGUUGAAGCUGUGCUCCCGUUCCAUUGUGGCAGGAGAGGAGGUGAUGGAGAUGCCAACCUUCAGUCCCAUGUCUUACAAGCACUUUGUUCUGUCUCUGCAAGAAGAUUCCAUUCCAUUCAUUCCCAAUGCCGUACAGAUAUGUUACCACCUGAAUAUGCUUUGGGUGAUGCAGCGCUAUGCUUUGGGCAGUAUUACAAAAUAGCUGGCAAGUGCUUUCUGUAUUUAAGUAUUGUAAAAAGAAAAUAAGUUAUAAUUGUUCUCAAACAGAACUUUAGUUGCAUUUUUUUUUUAAAGUUGAUGUCACUUUGUAUGUUUGUUUGGUCAAUGUUUCUGCAGUAUUUAUUAAAACAUACUUUUCUUUUUUUCUUCAAAUAAAAAAGUAACCAUG